GCGACUUUCAAUGUCCACUUCAACCACAACUGUCUGUGUGUAUAUAUCAUCGUCAAUAUAUAAUGGCGGAGCUGGCGGUGGUGAUGCCGGAGUUGAUAUCGGAGAUGGGCUCCGUUCUCCAGAGGACGGCGGCGGCGAACGAUCUGAACAGCCCCGGGCGGUUGCAGAAGAUGUCGUCGGUGUUUCACGGCUUAACCAGGCCGGCCAUCUCCGUCGAAAGCUACCUGGAGAGGAUCUUCAAGUACGCAAACUGCAGCCAUUCCUGCUUCGUGGUGGCGUACAUUUACCUCCACCGCUUCUCGCGGCGGCAGCCAUUGUUGCGCAUCAACUCCUUCAACGUUCACCGCCUUCUCAUUGCCAGCGUCUUGGUUUCCGUCAAGUUCAUGGAUGAUCUGUUUUACAACAAUGCGUACUAUGCAAAGGUAGGAGGAAUCGGCACGAAGGAGAUGAAUAUACUAGAAGUGGAUUUCUUGUUUGGCAUAGGUUUCAACUUGAACGUAACACCUUCCACCUUCCAUACCUAUUGUUCUCAUUUCAUUGCACAAAUUCAGGCACAACGACCCCAUUAUCCCGGCUUCCUACAACAACUUGGCGAGGUAGUUAGUAAUCACCAUCAUCAAUGUUGCAUCGAAGAAGACGAUGAAUGCAUCGAUCACCAUCACCAGCAACACCACUAUCCUAUGUUGGCAGCUGCCAUUUAUUCGGCAAAUUAAACGCGAAAUCUCGUGCUCUUGCGUUAUAUAGAAGUGUAGAUUUCUUGUUUUUACUUCGUAAUGUUUUUGCAUUUACUGAUUUUCUUUUGUUGAAUUUGAAGAACGGCUAGUAACAUACUAGUUUAGCAAACACGUUUUUCUUUAACUACUAGUUUUGCAAAGAAAAAUUUUUACUUUUAGUUCCACGACAAUUUUGAC